UAGGUAUUUAUGUUUUUAGUAGACACAUUUUUUUUCUGUCACCUCUUCCACUCCUCAAAGUUUUAGUUGUCUCCUCCCAAUUCUGUCGCAAAAUGCAGAGAAUUGGAAAAUGAGAGUCCUUUGGAGGCGAAGAUUGGUUCCGAAAUCAAGUAUGGACUUUUGUCAAAGACUCGAAUAUGUGCUCUUCCGCCAAUUGCAAGAUGCGGUGCUUUUGGAAGGGUUUAUAUGGGGGAUGAAUGUUGAUUCCAGAGAGUUACUCGCUCGCAUGGUCGGAGGUUAUAAGAAUGUAUACCAUGCAAUUAUUAUUAAGGGAGUAAACAUACCAGUUUACAUUAAAGGCUGCAUCAAACUAUCUUUGAAUUUGGUGUAUGAAAGAAGGUUGUUGAAUUGGCUUGCUAUUAUGACCGUUACAAAGUCAAUGAAGGGUACGCCAUACUGGAUGGCUCCUGAAGCUAUUCUGCAGACUGGCCAUAGCUUGUCAAUUGAAAAUCAAUCCUGACACGAGAGCUGCCGAAGCUGGUUUGAAAGAUGUUUGCAAGUUUAGCAGUGAGAGGUGCUCUAGUGUGUAAUCGGAGAAUUUUUUGAGAAGCAACUUCCUUGAUGAGAACUGUUUGAUGGAGAAAGAAACUCCCUUCUUUCAUCAACUGAACAGGAUUGACAAACAUUAUCCUCGUCUUAGCAAGUUAUUACUGAUGAUGACUCUUUUUUAAUCGAGAUAUUCCAUCAACUAAACAGUUUUGGCAGAUGCCAUUCUUGCAUUUUGCUUUCUUGAAUGUCACUCUAUUGUUCUCAUUUUCCCUGAAAACUUCUCCAACCAUAUGCUCCCGCACUCACAUUGUGACGACAUGCACUUUUGACGUAUGACGUUUCUAAGGUUCAAGAUUUCAUAUUGCAGAGAUCAUGCUUCAGGCAGUGAACCUCCAGAGGAUCCAGUUCUAAAUUGAUGCAGAAAUAGAUCAAGGUUCGCAUCUCCAGGGAGAUAAAUGUAUGUAUGUACGCACUUGUGUAUUAUUUUAGUCUUGUAGCGUGAGUAUAAUGUUCUGAUGUUUCUCUCAUUUUUCAAUAUGAGAUUACCCUAAAAUGUCAUGCAUAUUUGAAAAUUUACCACCCUAGAAGCCUGCAAGUUCUUAUCCGUAACCAACUCUUGUCGCCCUCUUAUAUUUCCCAAGUGUUACAUUACAUAAACCCCGUUUAGGGACUCAACCUCUUCAUUGAGGUUUGCCUCACUAUUACACUGUUGGAGUCCGUUUUUGAUAACAUAUCGUCACAUCCCAAGUAGACAGUACAUAUUAUUUGCUUUGGCCCCUAGUUGUCUAUGCACUUUGU